CAGAGCGCUGAGCCCAGAGAGCUGCAAUCUGUCAGUAGAGGCAAGAGCACAGGAACCAGGGACUGCAGCCGCGGGGAGCAGGGAAAGCUAACGGCAGCAGGCAGGAACACACGCACAAACAAAAGGACGAAAAGGAAUAUAUAUAUAUAUGUCUAUCUAUAUAUGUGUAUAUAUAUAUAAAACACUCGUGAAGUUCGGAUUAGCGAGCAGAACUCUAGAAAGUGUUAGACGAUAAACUCCAGACCCAGUUGUUCGCGUUUUGCACCGAGGAUAUGACCGGCCGCUGUGUGAAAGGGUUCGCUGUUAAACCAAUGCCCGCGGGAUUCGCUUCUUCCAGGCCACUACUGAGCAGUGGGAGAUCAAACGACUAUUUCACUCAUUAAAAAGGCAAAAUAAGUUCACGCUUCGGAUGCGACGAGUCGGCUUCACGUAGCUGGCGUUUGCGGAGAAAUGUGAUGGAGAAGAAAAUCAAGACGGAGCGCGAAGUCGAGUAUAAUUCGUGAUAUUUGUUGUUUUUUCUCCUCCCGAACAAAAGGAAACAUCGUUAUUCAACCUAAUAAGGGACGCCGAUCGGUUUGGGCUUUGGACAUGACCUUCCUAUUAUUUUUGCUUUGCAUCCUGAUCGAUCGCGUUGCCUGUCAGAUCCGCUAUUCCGUUCCCGAGGAGCAGGAACAUGGCACGUUCGUGGGGAAUAUCGCCGAGGAUUUGGGCUUGGACGUGACCAAGCUGGCGGCCCGCAGGUUCCAGACGGUGCCGAGCUCCCGGACCCCGCACCUGGAGGUGAACCUGGAGAACGGGGUGCUCUUCGUCAACGAGAAGAUCGACCGCGAGCAGAUCUGUAAGCAGAGCCCCAGCUGCAUGCUGCACAUCGAGGUCUUCCUGGAGAACCCGCUGGAACUUUUCCGUGUGGAGAUCGAGAUCGUGGAUAUUAACGACAACCCGCCGAGUUUCCCGGAGGCGGACAUCACGGUGGAGAUAUCGGAGAACGCCGGUGCUGGCACUCGGCUGCCGCUGGAGAGCGCUUUCGACCCGGACGUGGGCACCAACUCGCUCCGCACCUACGAGAUCACCCCCAAUAGCUACUUUUACCUCGACGUGCAGACCCAAGGAGACGGCAACAAGUUCGCCGAGCUGGUGUUGGAGAAGAAUCUGGACCGGGAGCAGCAGGCUCUCCACCGCUAUGUGCUGACGGCAGUGGACGGGGGGAUGCCCCAGCGCACCGGCACCGCACUGCUCAGCAUCAAGGUACUGGACUCCAAUGACAACGUGCCCGUCUUCGAACAGUCCGUCUACACGGUGAGCCUGUCCGAAAACGCGCCCGUCGGCACCCUAGUCAUUCAGCUCAACGCCACCGACCGCGACGAAGGCAAAAACGGCGAGGUAGUGUACUCGUUCAGCAACCACGUCUCGCCCAGGGUGAAGGAGCUGUUCAGCAUCGAGCCCAGGACUGGCUGGAUCGAGGUGAAGGGGACCAUCGAUUACGAGGAGAGCAGCCUGUACCAGCUGUUCGUCCAAGCGAAGGACCUGGGACCCAACGCGGUGCCGGCUCACUGCAAAGUGCUGGUGAAAGUUACCGACGCGAACGACAACGCGCCUGAGAUCAGUUUCAGCACUGUUUCCGACUCUGUGAACGAGAGCGCAACCUUGGGCACCGUGGUCGCCUUGCUGAGUGUCACCGACCGCGACUCGGGUGACAACGGGCAGCUCCAGUGCGAGAUCUUGGGGCAGGUGCCUUUCAAAUUGAAGCCCUCGUUCAAGAAUUACUACACCAUCGUGACUGACGGGCCGCUGGACCGAGAGAUCACCGACUCAUACACUGUGACCAUCAUGGCGAAGGACCGAGGGUCGCCCCCUCUGGCGUCCAGCAAGUCCAUCAAGGUGCAAGUGGCGGACGAGAACGAUAAUGCACCCCGCUUCUCCCGAUCUUCCUACGACGUGCACGUUUCAGAGAAUAAUGUUCCAGGGGCUUAUAUUUACGCAGUGACUGCCGUAGACCCCGACUUGGGGCAGAACGCGUACAUCUCUUACUCCAUAUUAGAGUGCGAUAUACAGGGUAUGUCGGUCUUCACUUACGUUUCCAUAAACUCCGAGAAUGGCUAUCUGUACGCCUUGCGCUCUUUCGACUACGAGCAGCUGAAGGAGUUCAGUUUCACGGUGCAGGCCAGGGACGCAGGAAACCCUCCUCUAAUCAGUAACACCACCAUCAACAUCAUCAUAGUGGACCAGAACGACAACGCGCCGUCUAUCGUAUCGCCCGUGUCGAGGAACGGCAGCGCCAAAGAGAUGGUGCCCCGCUCGGCUGAGCCGGGCUACCUGGUAGCCAGACUGGUGGCAGUGGACGCGGACGAUGGUGACAACGCUCGGCUUACCUAUUACAUUGCCAAGGGUAACGAGCUGGGUCUCUUCAGGAUGGACUGGAGAAGUGGAGAGCUCAAGACCGUCAGGAGGUUACCCGCCAACAAGAAGGCCCCCAGCGCCCCGUACGAGCUCCUGAUCGAGGUCAGGGACCAUGGACAACCGCCCCUGUCAGCUACGGCCACCAUCCUUGUGAUUGUAGUGGACAGUCCCGUGGACCGACAGGGUGAACGGGGCAACCGAGCUGGUAGCCCGAAGGAAAACUCGCUGGAUUUGACCCUGAUCUUGAUUAUCGCCCUGGGCUCGGUGUCCUUCGUAUUCCUGCUAGCUAUGAUCGUGCUGGCCAUCCGCUGCCAGAAGGACAAAAAGGUGAACAUCUACAGCUGCCUGGCCAGCGAGUGUUGCGCCUGCUGCCGCCAGGCGAGGAACAGGAAGAAGAAGCUCAGCAAGUCGGACAUCAUGCUAGUGCAGACCACCAACACCAACGCGGCUCAAGUGGCGGUGGAGGAAGGGGGCUUUGGACACCAUAGUCAGAAUUACUGUUACCAAGUUUGCCUGACUCCAGAAUCGGCCAAAACAGAUCUCAUGUUCUUGAAACCGUGUAGCCCGGUCAGGAGUACAGACGCUGAACACAACCCCUGCGGGGCCAUUAUUACAGGGUACACCGACCAGCAGCCUGACAUCAUUUCCAAUGGGAGUAUAUUAUCAAACGAGACAAAACACCAGCGGACCGAACUCAAUUUUCUUGUGGACAGACCCCGCCGAGUUAACAGUUCUGCUUUCCAGGAAGCGGAUAUCGUGAGUUCAAAGGACAGUGGUCACGGUGACAGCGAACAAGGCGACAGUGACCACGAUGCUACCAACCGAGCUCACAACACUGGAGCUGACCUCUUUUCCAAUUGCACAGAAGAGUGUAAAGCACUGGGACACUCGGACCGCUGCUGGAUGCCGAGCUUUGUACCCACAGAUAACCGCCAAGGUCCGGAUUAUCGUAGUAAUUUGCAUGUCCCUGGCAUGGACUCAGUGCCUGACACUGAGGUCUAUGAAGCUCCAGAACAGCCUGGAGAGAAGUCCUUCUCUACAUUUGGAAAAGAUAAAAUGCAUCCAGCAAAUUUGGAAAAGAAAGAAUAUGAUGCACUUCUGCCCAACACACGUGCGCCUUACAAGCCACCAUAUUUAAGAAGAAUGUGCUUGCGUUGGAGGCAUGCAGAGAAGCUUCACCAGAUUGAUUCCCGGGACGAAGAGGCCAACGUAUGAAGAAAGGUUGAGCCGGAUCUCGGUUGAAGAAUUAUAGGUGAUCUUAUUGCAAGAUAAAUACUGUGGAGAAAUGGCAAAAUGGAUUCUGAGAAGACAUUUCCUCUGGAGGGACUAUCAAGAAGGACACAUAGUUUCAGGUGGUGAUGAUGAGGAAUUUCUUCUGAGACAUGAAUAUUUGGAAUUCCUUGUUCUACCUCUGAAAUCUAUGGAAGCAGUCAUUGAAUAUAUUUCAAUGAAUUGAAGAAGUAUACAUAUUUGAAACUAAACAUUUAAAAUGAAAGUUUAAUCAUCAGACAAACCUAGUACUGUUGUAAGUACAUCAGUUUACAUUGAUUGUUAUUAAUAUAACAUGAAAUUGGAGAAAACAUUGUGAAACACUUUUAUUUUAUGGAUCCGAAGUAAAAUCCAGAUUAGAUUAUCAAUUUUCAAUUGGUCCAAUGUAUUCUGUCUAUAAGGAUUCCAUAUGAUUGUGUAUUGUAUCACCAACAUGAAACACUGCUUUAUUUGGCAAAGAAUCAUUUCUCAAAAUGGUCGUUAUGUGAAAUUAAAAUGGCACAAAGCUAAUGCCCUUUUGAGAGUCAACCUGGAAUUGAUGAAUAAAUGGGGCAGAGUAGAUAUAGAGAUGUUUAAUGUAGAUUUUAGGAAGCUAUUUACCCACAAUAAAAUAUCAAUUUUGAUCAGGACAGUUUAGACAUUAUCAGAUAAAAUCCGCUAAUGAGUACAAGAAAAAAACAGCUGUGGGGAAGCAGAGAAUCGAAAUGCAUUAAAAAACCACAAGGAAAUGUGUCAAAAUACACAUCUGGAGAAGCAGAUAUGAGAAGAAUUUGAAGACGUUGACAAAUGAAAACUUGUAAUGAACAGAAAAACACACGGAGCUUGAAAUUGUGUACAUGCACCCAAACACGGAAGAGAAUUUGCUAAUCCCUUCUGUUGUUGCAGCAUGAUUUUGCACAAGCCAACGACUUAAAAAAAACCCCAACUUCUUAGUCUGUCAUCCUGGCCAUCAAGAUGUGCAUAAUGUCAUCGGUUCCUAUAAUAUUGGAGACAAUCUUGCUAAUGAUGGAAUCGAAGCUCUCAGCAGGUCUGAGACUGAUGCGAUUUGGAGACUUUUUGGAAAUGACUGGUCUGGUGACAACCAUGACCUGUGUGUGCCUGUUUACAGCACUCAAUAACUCUUACUGAGCUCGCAGCUCUUUCUUUAAUCACCGACCACACAGAUCGGCACCAAAAGAAGCCAAUUGUACAGAAUCAAACAAAUGUGCAUUACAGAUGCAUUAUCACUGUUUUAGAUGUGACUGUUUUUUCUAUUUUUUGUGAUGGAGUGUUCCCCAGAUUGCGCCAACUUUUCAAGACUGUGACUGUGUUCUUUGCGCCCACCACGAGGUCUUUCCAGUGACAAGUCACAGACCUACAAUAAUCAGAGCUCCUCAGUUCAGCAACAUUCAGUAGUUUAUACACAGUGUUACUUGCAAAUGUGUUUACUGUACUCUUUUGAAACUGCUAAAUAAAAUGAAAUGUACUCCUUUAUUUACCUUCCUCCCUGGAAGUGGUGGUAUCAGUAAGGGGAUGGUUUAACAAUCUGGAAGAUCAGUAAUUCCCAGUAUCUAUUUAUCCGUAGCUUCUUUACUUUCCAAGAAUGAUUAAAACCACACGCAAAGAAGAAUUAAAAAAUGGUUCCAUGAUAACUUGAAGCCAUCAGUUAAAUAAAAUACUUAAUUUUUUUAUUUUUGUUCCCUCCUGCCAGAUAAACCAUUUUGAGACAUACCAGGUAUUUUUUCAUCAUGAGUAAUUGAUCUCACUCCCAAGGAGGGACCAAAAAUUCUGGCAGAGCCCUUAUCUUGUACGUGUAAUCUAUAGAUCCCUCCUUUGUGAUGUCUUCUUCACUAUUAUUCAAGUGAAGAGACAGGUUUUAGGAAUAAAGUUACCCCAUAAAGGGUACUUAAGGAAAUUAUGUAUGUUUCAACGAACUCCUGGCAAGAUUGGAAUAAAACCAACCAUAAGUGGGAGUGCAUUUGAUUGCCAUAACAUAUUUGAUAUGUUCAUUGGACAUGUGAUAGUCCACUAAGCCCCAUCGUCUAUAGUUCCAGGGUUAAUCACCACAUUUUAACCCUAAGAUCAUGCCUUUGAGUGGAGUAAUCUACCGUUAGCCAGCUCUUUUAUAUUAUACAAGGGUCACUGCUUUUUGAUUUUUGGUCAGAUAAAUUAUUUAAACAAACCCCUAUUUUAAGCUACCAAAUUUAACUUUUUUAAAAUAAAAAAGAGAAAACAGGUCGAGGUGAAAAUUGGGAAAAAUUGACUUUUUAAAAACAAUAAAAUAUUAUGAACAAAUGGAUGUUGUAUUUUUCUCACAUUGUUGAAACAGUUUAUUGUCAAUAAAAAAAACUGUAAUACAUUAUUAUUCUAUCCACACUGUAGUAGUUUAUACGUGCUUAAAUAGUCAGCAGAACUUUACAACCAGAAAUAAAUAUAAUGCAACAUGGCAAUCAUCUGGGUUAAUUCAACAGGCAGUACAGAAUAAUGGUGCAAUUGUUUACAAUCAUGGAUUUAAAGUGCUAUUCAUUAAAAGUUCAGUGAAUGCC